AUGUCAACCACUACUAGAACUCUUCAAGCUAUAAAGUUUGAUAGAAAUAAUAUCAAAUUGGAAAUUCUUGAUCAAUUACUUUUACCUUAUUCAACAACCUAUAUUCCCAUCACUAGUAUUGAGGAUGCCUUUAAAGCCAUUAAAUUAAUGCAAGUUAGAGGUGCUCCUGCAAUUGCCAUUGUUGGUGCGUUUUCUGUUGUCGUUGAAGUUUCCAAUUAUUUAAAGCAAUCUGAUUCAAAUCGGAAAACUAUCGAAAACUUGAAUGAUUCUUUGGAUUAUUUAAUCACAUCUAGACCAACAGCAGUAAAUCUUGCCAAUGCCUUAAAUGAUAUUAAACAAUUAUUACAAGAAUUUAAUGAUACUGAUAUUAUUAAUGAAAAAAUAUAUCAACAAAUAUAUGAUUAUGCAAUCGCUUUAUAUGAUGAAGAUUUAGCUAAUAAUAAAAAGAUUGGUGAGAAUGGAUUGAAAUAUAUUAUUAAUACUUUAACUGAACAAAAUUUCAAAGGACCUUUUUCCAUAAUGACAAUUUGUAAUACUGGAUCAUUAGCCACAUCAGGACAUGGAACUGCAUUAGGAAUUAUUCGUUCAACAUAUCAAGCUUUACAAAAAAAUAAUUCUAAAGAAGAAUUUUGGUUAGAUCAUAUUUAUCCUUGUGAAACUAGACCUUAUAAUCAAGGAGCUAAAUUAACUACUUAUGAAUUAGAUUAUGAACAAAUCCCAUUCACUUUAAUUUGUGAUAAUAUGGUUUCUUCGUUGAUUAAUACUUUAAGUGAUGAUGAUAACAAAAAACCUAUUAAAACUAACCAAAUUUCCCCAGUCAAAUUCAUUAUUGUCGGUGCUGAUAGAAUUGUUGAAAAUGGUGAUACAGCAAAUAAAAUUGGAACCUUUCAAUUAUCAACUAUUGCAAAUUUUUUCAAUAACAAUAAAUUCAUUCAACAACAACUGAAGUCUAACACCACAAAAACAACAAUAAAUAAAGAAAUUAAAUUUAUUGUUGCCGCUCCGAAAACUACUAUUGAUUUAAACACUAAAACUGGUGAUGAUAUUGUUAUUGAAGAAAGACCAGCUAAUGAAUUAACAACUUUAGUUGGUCCAUUGUUGAAUGAAGCAGGAGAUGUGGGUGAAAAAUUGACUGUUGGAAUCGCCACACCAGGGAUAUCGGUUUGGAAUCCAGCAUUUGAUGUCACUCCUCAUGAAUUGAUUGAUAGUAUUGUUACCGAAGAUCCUCAUGUUUUCACCAAAGAUGAAAAUGGGGAAUUUAAUUUGAUUAAAUAG